GCAGUUUCCAACCCGCUGUUUACCUGUUGACUCCCGAGAUUCUACGCAUCUUUGGAAAGAAGACGUCUCACGAUUUUUCAUCCCUUUAAACGGUUAAUGACUCUGCUACGUUCUACGCUGUCUGUAUUGUGCGGAUAGAGUGCGACGAGCUUCAAUUUCGGUUUACAAACAUUUUGUGAAGUCUGGCGUCAAAACAGCACAAAGGUUUGAUGAAGAGCAGACACAACUUUCGCAGGCGGUUUAGCUUGCAACCCUCUUUUCUCAAAGAAGAACCCGAAGAAGAGAGACACCCUUCGACCAGAAAUUUCAGGUCUCAGAAAAGUGAAAAUGCGGAAUCACUCGAAAAAAACGAUCACGUCGUUAGCGUCAGCGCAAGCGUAUCGCCAACUAACAACGUCAGACACAAAAUAGUCGUAAUGGGUGCCGCUAAAGUAGGCAAGUCUUCCAUUAUCAAUCAGUUUUUAUAUGGGACUUUUUCUUCAAAAUAUAAAAGGACUGUUGAAGAAAUGCACCACGGGGAUUUCAAUGUUGCUGGGGUGCAUUUGACAUUGGACAUUUUAGACACGUCUGGAGCUUACGAAUUCCCAGCUAUGAGAGCCUUAUCGAUAUCAUCAGCCGACGCCUUCAUUCUAGUCUACGACGUCACCGAUUCCAGCACCUUCGAAGAAGCCAGAGCGCUCCGAGACCAAAUCCACGAAACUAAAUGUUCUUCCAACGUACCAAUCGUCGUAGUCGGAAACAAAAUAGAUUUAACCGGAGAUCGCGAGAUUGAUACGGCGACCACCGAAUCGGUGAUAACCGUAGACUGGGAAAACGGAUUCGUCGAAACCUCUGCUAAAGAUAACGUCAAUAUUACCAAAGUUUUUAAAGAACUUUUAGUGCAGGCUAAAGUUAAAUACGAUUUGAGUCCGGCGUUGAGGCGUCGCCGCAGACAAUCUCUACCUUCCCAACCGGGUCCUCCUCAAACGCCCACCCACGCCGCUAUGAUUCCAUCUGCCGUUCAAUUGCAACAUCUUCAGCAGAUUCGAGAUCGACACGGCAAAAGAAAUUCUUGCGUCAUCUCCUAAAUCAGUUUUUUAAUAUUGAACAUUUAUCUUUAAUUAUUGAUAAACAGAAGGCUUGGAACGUUUUUUAUUUGUUUAUUAUCUAUUAAUAAAUACAUCGUUGAGAGCGCGUAGAUGACGCGUCUCAUACCCAAUCCGUAACUUUUAUAAGGACAACCUGUAUUAUCUAAUAAUUACUCUUUGCUUAACUCGAUAGAAUUUAUGGUUUACGAGAUAUUUAGAUCGUUCUACAUGCGUUCGCCAUAAAGAAACAUUCUGAACAAAAUUAUCAUAAACCUUAAUUUUAUCUUUCUUUCUUCAUCUCUAUCCGCCCUCGUAAUUUAUUCAAAUGAUACUCGCGAGAUGGCAGGAGGGAAAAAUGAAUACAUAACCGUGUUAUUUUGUUAUACAGGGUAUAUCAAAAAUCGAUUAAAAAUCACCAAACAAUCACAUGUUUAUAACGCAUAGAUUAAUCGGAAAUUAACAAUAAGUUUUAGCCAAUCAAAGCUUGUGAAACGUUCAAGUUCCUCCCUAUCGAAAGGUCGAGAAAGCCAUAAAGUAUUUAGCCGCUGCUGUAUUUUUUAACUUACCUUUGUUUCUAAAAAGUUUUCCGUAUUAUUAUCAACAGAUUUUCAAUCGGUUUUUUUCGCUUAAUGCGAACGUUUUGAAAAACCCUGUAUAUAAAUCACGUUCAAUUAAAUAUGGUAUUUUUAGUUUUUUCAAACAAAAUAAACAGCUACUCACUACAACGUGAUUUACAAUCUGUAUUUUGAUGGUUUAUUUCGAAUUUCGCGUAUAAAAAAUUUCAAAUUUCUUUGACUUCUUAUUUUUUUCGAAUAUUUAUGUUUCUUUAAUCUAAAACGCCAAAAAACAAAAAAAA